AUGUUGAGAGAGAUUGUAUCAGUCCAGCGCAACCAUUUAAACAUGAUGACUGCUCUGAAGAUUUUCUAUCUGCUCCUGGCAACACUUGCUGUGGUACUGUCGUCCCCUUUGGGUUUCAAGUCGGUUCACGUUGGCCGGAACGUGACCUUGAAAUGUUUCCUCCAAGGCAAGAGCGGACUGAUCUUUUACUGGUUCAAAAAAAGCGCGGGGAAAAAAGCCCAGCUCAUGUCCGAGUUCUACAAACACAAACGGGACGGCUCUCCUCGCAGCGACCUGAUCACCAGCGAUCCACGAUUCGAACUGGAACCCGGCGGCAGCGGAUUCCACCUGAAGAUACUGAGCGUGCGGGUGACGGACUCGGCUACUUACUACUGUGUCAGCCUGUCUUCUCACUCGUUUGAGUUCUUGGAGGGCGUUACCGUCCACGUGGAAGGCUCCGGCUCCGAGACGAGCCACUGCGCGUUUCGAAAUGGGACGCACGACGGAAAGCACGGCUUUUACUGGUUCAGAGGCUCCGGAGACUCGUUCCCGAAAUUGAUGUACACCCACAAAAGCAGCGACGAUUUGAGUGACGAGGAAGCAAACACGAAAGCACACAGCUGUGUGUACGACCUGCCGCUGAAUGGCCUGGAUGAAGCGUCUCACGCUGUGGACUACCACUGCGCCGUCGCCUCAUGCGGACGGAUGAUGCUCGGAAACACAACCAACCUGGACUUAACCCAUGACUCAGUUAUCAUUGUUUGGAGUGCAGCCUGUGUGUUCACCUCUGCCCUCAGUCUCUCACUGGCUUUGUCAGUGUGCAGAAUCACCAAGAAAACAAAAGGCAUAUCUUUAGAGUCCCGACCAAAGCGCAACGUGAAGAGCGGAGAGAGGAGCUGUCGCACUGCCGUAGCCAUGGCGACCAACAGAUCGAUGAGACAGAAGGACGGAGUCUGGAGUGAAUGUGAAGCAGAGCUCAGUGACGUCUCUCAGCCCGUUUCGGCACGAACACUUAAGCUCGGAGAAUCGGUGACCAUCGAAUGCGUCUUAAAGAAUAUCACUGAUAAUAGAGUGUGGUACAAACUGACAGCAGACAGAAGACUGCAGGUGGUCGCAACUUAUUCUUCUCUCUACAAAUGGAGUGUGGUCGAUGAUGAGCUGAAACAUCGCUACUCAGUCUAUUCCGUUGGGAUCAAUAAUCACCUGACCAUAUCUGCAGCGUCUUGGGAUGAUGCUGGAACUUACUUCUGUGGAGUUUUGCGACUACAUUACAUCCAGUUUGGGUCGGGAACCUUGUUGAUGCUACAAGGCGUGAAGCUGAACCACUUUGUUAUCCAGCCGCCGAAAUCCCAGUCGGUCGGGUCAGAGGUCGCCGCGCCUUUCAGCUGCACUUUCAGCGCCGCUCAGUGCACAGCGGAGGAGACCGGCGUGAUGUGGCUGAAGACCUGUCAGCGUUCCGCUCCGGAAGUCAUUCACGUGUCUGGGAAAACAAACGGUUCCUGUAAGAGAACCGAGCGCGGAGGAACGACCUGCGUUCACAAGCUCCUCAUCAGAGACGUCGACUCUGACGGAGGUGGAACCGACUACUGCGCCGCCGCCGUGUGCGGAUGGACGCAGUUUGGAAAUGUGACCACGGUUUUUGACAUUCAGUCCAUUCAGGGUCUGUCUGUGAUCACGAUGGGAAACUUCAGCUUGAUACUCGCUUCACUCUGCAGCCUCAGUUGGGUUUCAGGUUCCCUGUUUCAAACUGUGACCUUCCGACCCGACGGAGACGUCACUCUGAGAUGCGCCAACCUCAGCCAGGCUGCCGGUCACAUUUUCUGGUUCAAGCUGGCCGACGGACUCAACGUGAGCCGGAUCUCGUCCAUGUCCACCUCCGACUCAGUUCCCUCGUUGCACGAUAAAUUUCAGCGGGGCAAAUUUACCAUGAGAUCCAACGUCACAGACGUAUUUCUGGACAUUAGACGGGUGGAGGUGAACGACUCUGGAUUAUAUUUCUGUGGGUUUUAUGCUGAGCGUUUGCCUGCAGUCUUCGCCGCAACAUAUUUACACGUCGAAGUCAGUCUUUUACAUCACAUUGAAGAACCAGGUAACCUGCUAAAUUGGAUCCUGGGUGGUGUAGUCAUUUUUCUUGCUAUGGUCAUCAUCAGUUUGGCUGUCAAAAUCAAGACUUUGCAUACAGCUCCAACACAGAGAAAUAACGCACAACACUCUGAGAAUUUGGACUCUUGCACCCAGAACUACGCAGCGCUGAGUUUCCCUCCAAAAGCAAAGAGCAACAGAAGACCAGCAGCAGAAAAAGAGAAGGAGUCAUGUGUUCUGUAUGCUGCUACAAGAUAGACUCACCAUGAGAAACAGAAAAUGAUAGUACAAAAAAGAUUUGUGAAGUUCAUUUUUUGCAGUUUUUUGUUUUGUUACAAAAGGUUUCUGUUCAUUGAUUUUGAAAGUUGUAAGAAACGACUACAGGAAACCAAAUAAAGCUUUUUGAAUCUAGGUGAAGAGGUGAGGUAGAGUAACGCUGGUACAUGGAGGCAAAAGGUCCUUUAGUCGCGUCACUGCUUGUUUCCACUGUGGUGACGGCAGAUGAGAAAAACAAAAUACCACAAAGUCUGCUUGAAGCUGCCUGCAUCAGAGCAGCACUGCCUUUCAAUUUAUAAAGAAUGAAAUCUGUAA